AUGGCCGCCGGUGCCUCUGUGACAGGCCUGGUCACGUGUGCAACCUCGCCUAUGAGGUCGCCGGGGCCUGGUCGGCGAUUGUCCCUUCCCGGGUCCCGUCGGGAGGCGGUGACUGCCCUUGUCAACCUGAGCCUGAGCGAUCAUGGCAACGGGCUCGGGCGGGGAGCGGUUGGCAGUGGCGGCAGCAGAGGCAGUGGCGGCAGCUUGGUCGCGGGCCUGGGCGGCAGAGCGGCGGCGGCGGCGGUGGCACUGGCACCGGCACCGACCCUGAGCGCCAUGCGGCGAGGCAGCUCCAAGAAGGAGCUGGCGGCUCAGUCGGAGGUGGAGGCGGUAGCCGCGGCCAAAGCAGAGACAGAGGCCAACGCGGGGGUGACGGCCGGACAGACCGGCGUGGACUCGGGCGCGGCCGGGGAGCCCGAGAGCAAGGCCGGGGAGGAGCAGUCCCAGGCCCCGGGCCCGGGCCCGGAGCAGCCCUGCGCGGAGGAGGGGGAUGCCCGCGUCUCCCCGCGGCGGCCGCCCACGCUGCACGCGCACAAGCCGAAGCCGGCGCGGGACCUCUGUCCACACGGGAAGCCCAGGGUCAAGGGCUCAAGCUGCAGGCAGAGUGUCCGCCGUCCAGAGGAGCAGAGCUCACAGCGGCCAGUCACCGUGGACAGCUCCAAGGCCAGGACCUCCCUGGACGCCUUGAAGAUCAGCAUCCGCCAGCUCAAGUGGAAGGAGUUCCCAUUUGGCCGACGCUUGCCUUGUGACAUCUACUGGCAUGGAGUUUCAUUUCAUGACAAUGACAUAUUAUCCGGUCAAGUGAACAAGUUUCCAGGCAUGACGGAGAUGUUGCGCAAAGUGACCCUGAGCAGAGCAGUCAGAAUGAUGCAGAAUCUCUUUCCUGAGGAGUACAACUUCUAUCCUCGCUCAUGGAUUCUGCCAGAGGAGUUCCAGCUCUUUGUCACUCAGAUUCAAAUGGUAAAAGAUGACAACCCCUCCUGGAAGCCCACUUUCAUUGUGAAACCUGACGGUGGCUGUCAGGGUGAUGGAAUCUACCUCAUUAAAGACCCCAGUGACAUCCGGCUGACUGGGACCCUCCAGACCAGGCCAGCAGUUGUCCAGGAGUACAUCUGCAAACCUCUCCUUAUCGACAAGCUCAAGUUUGACAUUCGUCUGUAUGUCUUGCUGAAAUCCCUAGACCCCUUAGAGAUUUAUAUAGCCAAAGAUGGACUCUCUAGAUUUUGUACAGAGCCAUAUCAGGAGCCCAGUUCCCAAAAUCUGCACCGGGUCUUUAUGCACUUAACCAACUAUUCACUGAAUAUCCACAGCAGCAACUUCAUCCACUCGGAUAAUGCCAGCACGGGCAGCAAAAGGACUUUUUCCAGCAUUCUUUGUAAGUUGUCUUCCAAAGGUGUUGACAUCAAGAAGGUCUGGUCUGACAUCACCUCCUUGGUGAUCAAGACUGUCAUCGCCCUGACUCCAGAGCUCAAAGUUUUCUACCAGUCGGACAUCCCCACAGGGAGGCCGGGGCCCACCUGCUUCCAGAUCUUAGGCUUUGACAUUCUCCUGAUGAAAAAUCUGAAGCCCAUACUACUUGAAGUAAAUGCAAAUCCCAGCAUGAGGAUUGAACAUGAGUGUGAACUUUCUCCAGGGGUGUUCGAAAAUGUCCCCAGCCUUGUGGAUGAGGAGGUGAAAGUGGCUGUGAUCAGAGACACGCUGCGCCUCAUGGACCCCCUUAAGAAGAAGAAAGAGAACCGGUAUCAGCAGCUCCAAAAACCAGUGGCCGGAAAGGAAGACUCUCUGGACAGUGACCUGGCCCCAGACUCCAGUCCUGAAGCCCACCUGCCCUCCAUUUGCCUCAAGCAGGUGUUCCCCAAGUACGCAAAGCAGUUCAACUACCUGCGCCUGGUGGACAGGAUGGCAAAUUUGUUUAUCCGGUUCCUGGGAAUCAGGGGGACAAUGAAGUUGGGACCAACCGGCUUUCGUACCUUCAUAAGGAACUGCAAGCUCAGCAGCAGCAGCUUGUCCAUGGCUGCCGUGGAUAUUCUGUACAUUGACAUCACGAGGAGGUGGAACUCCAUGACCCUGGACCAGCGGGACUCAGGGAUGUGUCUGCAGGCGUUUGUAGAAGCUUUCUUUUUUCUGGCCCAGAGGAAGUUCAAGAUGCUGCCGCUCCACGAACAGGUGGCCUCGCUGAUCGACCUGUGCGAAUACCACCUGUCCCUGCUGGACGAGAAGCGCCUGCUGUGCAGCCGGGGUGGCUCUGCGGGGAGCCGUCUCUCCCAAGGCAGCUCGCCCCAGGGCGCCUGCCCUGCAGCCCAGCCUGUGGUGGGCAACCCCCCACUCCGCACCAACGGUGCUAGUAAGUGCUCCUAUCCCAGACACACUCUGUCCUGA